GUGGAAAUGAGGGACAACCCUGGUGCUGGUGGUGGUUGGAAAGAAACGUCACAACUUCUCCAGUCUGGAAACUCACUGCUAGAUGGCGCCACUGGAGGGUCUAACUGCCCCAGCAGUCUGUGGAGUAUUACUGGAGGAUUUGGUGGAGGGGGCGGAGCUUGCACAGCAGGGGGCGCAGGAGGGGGGUACACAGGUGGGAACACUAGUUUUACUAACAGUCCGUAUGAUAGCGGUUUUGGUGGAACCUCAUAUAUCAGCUCUCAGGGUAUAGAUAUUACUGAAGAAACUGGUUUGCAGUCCAACUUUGGAGACGGGUUUGUCCAGGUUUACCUGACUGAGGAGUGUACCUGUGGUUACGACUGCAAAGUAGAUGACCUCUCCUCUGACCUCUAUCACUGCUACUGCCCAGAUGACCACACCCUAGCACAGGACAACUCUACCUGUCUAGGUACCAUAUAG